AUGAACAAGAAGGGUCUUGCAAUUUUGAUGCGAAGCAAAAUGAGACCACUAUCCCCUGCAUCUAAUAGAAUCAAUCAAAUGCAAUUUCCUCCACCCGAAAGUAACAAUGUUUCAUCUUCUCAGAAUGCCUCCUCCAUUACCCACAGAUAUUCAAACUCCAACAUUAACCAGAAGCAAGCAUCAUCCAUGGAAUCCUCCACUCUUGUUCCAGUCUCCCAAUUCUCCUUUCUCCCACCAAAACCCCAUAACAGAACCAGAAUGAAAAGAAGAAAUUUUUUCACAACUAUCCAAUGUAACAAGAUGUAUGUACCUGGAUUUGGUGAAGCCUCUCCAGAAGCCAAGGCAGCAAAACAACUCCAUGACUUUUUCACAUACAUUGCUGUUAGAAUUGUCAAUGCACAGCUUGAGAGUUACAAUCCUGAGGCACAUGCAGAACUGAUGGAGUUUCUUGAAAAACACUCUUUAAAAGAUGGGGAUAAGUUUUGUGCUGAUUUGAUGCGAGAAUCGCCAAGACAUAAAACUUUAGCCUUGCGCAUAUUAGAGGUUCGAUCUGCAUAUUGCAAGAAUGAUUUUGAAUGGGACAACCUAAAGCGUUUGGCAUCAAAGAUGGUGGAUGAUCAUAAUACAAGACUUAUGAGAGAUUAUGUCUUGGAAACUAGUCACGAGGAAAGUUAA